AUGCCAACACCAAAUUCUAAUGAAGAUGAAGAAAAACAGAAAUUCUCAUUCAUUGCUAAUGAUUCAGUUGAGCUACAGAAAGCAAAGGAACAUAAUCAGAGACUGAAUGAAGAAAUUCUGGCCUUAAGAAGUCGGAUUCGAUCCCUUGACUCAGAAAAAAAAAUGCUUGGAGAAGAGGUUGAAAGACUUAAUGGAGAGAUUCAUGAAUUUCAAGAGAAUGAGCAAGUUGGAAACCACUGCCCUGGAAAAACUGUGGGUGCUGAGCAGAGAGUACAGAAAAAAAUAUUUGAAAGUGAGUUGUCAGAAGAGAAAGAGAGAAGAAAGCAAUUGCCAUCUGAUCUUCAGAAGGCUGUGAAAAUUGAAAGUGAGGUAUUGCAAAAAUCAAAGUCAGAACUUACAUGCCUUUAUAAUGAAACUCAAAGUCUUCGAGGGGCAACAGAAGAUAAAGACCUUUUUUUUUUGGUAGCAUAUGAGCUACUACAAAGAGAGAACUCUGAAUUAGAAACAAAGGUCUUGAAGCUUUCACAAGAAUUUGAACAAUUAAAUCAUUUUACUGUAGGGGGAAAAGCGGCAGCUGCUAAUUUAAUUACAAGUGGAAAUAUCUGUAAAGAUCUUGUGUCUGUAGUACCAAUCUUGGAAGUAGAAAUUGAAAGCCCAAAGGAAGAGAGAGAGGAGGCACUAUGUCCCAAAUUAGGAGAAAAUAAGCAGGAGGAAAUUCCAGAGGAGUCAGUAAAGGGGGGCACUAUUCCAACAGAAGGGCAGAAGGAGGAGUAUUCACAACUGAAUCAAGAUAUGAAAGAUGAAGGACAGCAGCAGGUCACCAUAAAGCCUGAGGAAGUUGUGAACCUUAGACAGGAGCUGAGCCAUAUAGAUGAGAGCCUCCUCCAGUCUCAGACCUCUGGGGAUAAUUCAGAUGACAGUAGUAUCAAGUAUUCAUCAUCUGGAGAAAAACUAAAAUGCCAGCAGCAAGAGGAACUACAACAGCUUCACCAGAAUUUUCACCGGCUCCAGAAUCUGUGCAACUCAGCUGAAAAGGAACUUCGAUAUGAACGAGGAAAGAAUUUGGACUUAAAGCAACAUAAUAGCUUACUUCAGGAAGAAAGCAUUAAGAUAAAAAUUGAACUAAAACAGGCCCAGCAGAAGUUAUUAGACAGUGCAAAGAUGUGCUCUUCCCUCACAGCAGAAUGGAAGCACUGUCAGCAGAAAAUUAAGGAACUGGAGCUGGAAAUACUUAAACAGGCUCAGAGCAUUAAAUCACAGAACAACCUACAGGAAAAGCUGGUUCAGGAGAGAUCUAAAGUUGCUGAUGCAGAGAAAAAGAUUUUGGAUCUGAAAGAGAAACUGGAACAUGCUCAGAACGUCUGUCACACAGACACUUGUAUUUUGGAAAAGAAGAAACUAGAAGAAAAAAUAAAAGCAGCAAUAGAAAAUGAAGCUAAAAUAAAGCAGCAAUAUCAGGAAGAACAACAGAAGAGGAAACUCCUAGAUCAGAAUAUAAAUGAACUACAAAGGCAAGUGAGAAUCUUACAGGAUAAAGAGAAUCAACUAGAACAAGAGACUCUACUUAAACAACUGGAAAAUGAAAAAAGAAAAUCUGAUGAGCAUCUCAAGAGCAACCAGGAAUUGUCAGAGAAGUUGUCUAGGUUGCAGCAAGAGAAGGAAGCUCUAUGUGAAGAAUAUGGGCAGUUGUUGAAGCAGCUUGAUGUCCAUGUGAGAACCUAUAAUGAGAAACAUCACCACCAGAAAAUCAAGCUUCACAGAGUCAAGAAUCUUUUAGCUCAUGAAGUACAUCUACGAGAUAAGAGAAUUAAACAACUUGAAGAAGACAUUGUAGCACUGCAACAACAAAUAGAAAAGGAGAAAGCAUUCCUGGACCACAUCACCACCCAAAAUGAUACCCUGCUCCUAGAAAAUAGAAAACUUCUGGAACAACUCACAGAGCAAGAAGCAUUGAUCCAUGACAACAAACGUAUGCUAUCUUCCGUGCAGAGCAGAGUCCUUUUCCUGGAUAAAGAAAAUAAGCAAUUACAUGACAGUAGUCUGCGGCUCACACAGCAUGUCAGCCUUUUAGAGCGCUUUAUAAGGAACAUCCAGAUUCACAGAGGAGAGGAAAUAACAGUUAGUAAAAUCACUGAAUUGGAAAUACUGGAUAAGAUAAUACUUUCACCCAAUUUCAGUUUUUCAGGAACAGGUUUGGUUGAGUCAGUUGGAACUCUUCAAGAGAUUGAAGAACAAAAAUCAGAAGAAGCAGUAGCAAACCCAGAGUUCCCUGAGUCUCUUCCGUGUUCACACAGUUCUGAAGUUGGAUACGUAAAUGGGGCUUCUUUAAAAGAGACACAAAGCAUCCAAGAAAAAGACCAAAUGUCAGAAUGGUAG